AUCAGGGUCAUUAUUUCAUACGGACACAGCAUAAGAUCGAGUUGCAAGCAAUAAUGGAAGCAAGUGGAGGCGGUGAUGUGCAAGUGAGCGGUGGUGCAGGGGAGCGCAGGAUGAAGAUGAAGGUGAUGGUGGCUAUUGAUGAAAGUGAAUUGAGUUUCCAUGCUCUUAAGUGGGCUCUUGACAACGUCUUAAACACCAUGGCAACUACUGCAACACCAGAUGAGAAUAUUGAAGGCGGCGGUGGCGGCGGCAUGGUGUUUCUGGUUCACAUUGAGCCCGUUUUCCACCACGCUGUGUAUCCCAUUGGAUCUGCCGGAGCUGUUUACUAUCCUCCGUCUGUGGUGGAGGGCUCCGUGAAGAAGGCCCAACAAGAAAAAUCUGUAUCUAUUGUUUCACGGGCAUUGCAUAUGUGCAAGGAUAAGCAGAUAAAAGCACAAAGUGUAAUUCUUAAUGGAGACCCAAGGGAAAUGAUUUGUCAGGCCGUAGAGCAAAUGCAAGUUGAUCUUUUAAUCAUGGGUAGCCGAGGCCUUGGCAAGAUCAAAAGGACAUUUCUUGGUAGUGUGAGUGACUAUUGUGCACAUCAUGCAAAAGCACCGAUCCUCAUUGUGAAACCACAAGAGGAGGACCAUAAAAAGAAGUAACCAAAUCAGCGUUUAUGUUUAAGCUAGCACGCCUUGUGAUGGAUGAAUUAAGUAUUUUCAUGUUGUUUUCUAUAGGUUGAUGGUUUAUAUAAUUUGUAACUAAUAACGCAUGUAUCGAGAGAAAUAAACUUUUGUCUUUCUAGCUCUACUCUAAAUAAAAAAAGAAUUUCAACAAUCAA